AUGAAGUUGACUCUGCUCUUGGUUAUAUUUGCCACUGCGACUCUUGCACAAGAUCUAACACCCUUUGAUUUUGAUUGGAGGGAAUUGAAAAGUGUUUGGGAGUCGCCUGAACUUCUUCCGACAUUGAAGAAGAUUGACCCAUCGUACGAUGCAACUGUACGAGGCGGCCGAAUUGUUGGUGGAAGUAUCGCUGAAGUUGGACAAUUUCCUUUCUCAGUUUUAGUUGUAAUGGAUGAAGGUUAUUGGUGUGGUGGAUCUUUGUUGAAUGCUUAUUGGGUUUUGACUGCUGCAAAUUGCGUAGCUGGCCGAAGACAAGCGUCUAUCUUCUCAUUUAAUGAUUUAAAUGUUGGAUUUUAUUGGGUUUCUUCAUCAGCCAAAUUCAUCAUUCAUGAGUCAUACAGUGUCAUAGGAUCGAAUAUUGUGAACGACAUCGCUCUUAUUAAAACAACAACAGCUGCUCCAAACAAUGCCUACACAUCUUACAUAAGUUUACCCAGAAACGAAGUUAGCAACACUUUUGCUGGUACAACUGCGACUAUCCAAGGAUUUGGACGUUACUCGGAUACAGGUGGACCAGACAAAAGUUCAGCGAUAUGUUUCAGUUCCAGUCCUGACAAACAGUCAGAAGAGGUCCAUGCAAAAGGGACAACGGAGGUGGAUUAUUCGCUGGUGAUGUCAACACCCACAGUUCAUCAAGACGUGUCAUUGGAAUUGUUUCAUUCGGGGCAAGACUAUGUGAAGCAGGAUAUCCUUCGGUCUACACAAGAGUUACAAGCUUCAUUGAUUGGAUUGACAACAAAAUGGCAUCAAAUUAAAAAUAUUUUUCGAUUGUUCAAUUUUUUUAUGGUUUGUUGA